GAGCCAGCUGCAGGAGCACGAAGAGAAGUAUCGUAACCUUCAGCCUUGACCCCAGACCUUGGUGCCCCAGAACCUGGGCUCUCCAAAGCAAGACCAGGGCCCCCACACUGUGCGCCAGAGUGCGGGGUGGGGAAUGCCCACAGCCCAAGGGCCCCCAGGCUGAAGGCAGGAGACUGGGGCUGCUGGGGAAGUCGCCCAGGCUGAGGGGCCAGGCCUGGUAGGGCCAUGGCGCUGCUGCUGCUGCUGCUCCCAGGCUGCGGCCGUGCUGCAGGCUCCGAGCUGGCCUUUGUGCAGGAGCCGGGGGACACAGUGGCUGUGCGGGAGCACCCACUGGUGCUGCCCUGCCAAGUGGAGGGUGAGCCACCCGUGUCCAUUUCUUGGCAGCGGGAUGGGCUGGCCUUAGCCAAUGACAGCGGUGCCACCCUGAUGCCAGAUGGCUCCCUGCACCUGGCUGCCCUGCCUUCCCGCUGGAGCCUCCUUUCCAGUGCCCACGAGUACCACUGCGUGACCCAGAACCGCUACGGGCGGCUGGUGAGCCGACGGGCCCGGGUAAAGCUGGCAAGUCUGUCCCACUUCCACCAACAUCCAGAAUCGGUUGAGGUGGAGCGGGGUGGAGUUGCUCGUUUCCAGUGCCUGAUCUAGGGGGUGCCUGAACCAUCCAUUUCCUGGGAGCACAAUGG